GGCUCUUGGCCUUGGGGGAAGACGGAGGCCGGGAGCUGCAGUCCGCAGUCCCGGGAGGGUGGGGGUGGUUUAGUCUCUGACUUGCUGCGCCCACUGCGUGGAGGCUGCCCCUUUCCGAGAGGGGAACCGCCGCGCCCAGCCAGGGUGUAGCGUUCUUUGGUCUUGGGCGGUGCGGGGCACCCCCGGCGUCCGUGUGAUGUCAGCCCCGAAACCCACGCACGCUGCCCACUCUUAGCCGUGGGGCCCCUGUGGAGGCCACCCUGUGUUUUGACUUGCCGGACCCAUCUGUGAGGAUCGUAAAUAUGAAAUGCAUGGAAAGUGGAAAGUAUGACCUACCAAGUGCAAAACAAGCUGAGCACAGUUGGGGCCCAGCGGUGCCAACAGGCCCCGGGCCGCCGCUGCACAGUGUGUCUCGCGUGCAGAUAAAGAUAGAGAAAAUGAAAAAGAGAAAAAGUCAGUGAUCUGUGUUGAGGGCAAUAUUGCAAGCGGGAAGACGACGUGCCUGGAGUUCUUCUCCAACACAACAGACAUUGAGGUGUUACAGGAACCGGUGCCCAAGUGGAGAAAUGUCCGUGGCCAUAGCCUUCUGGGUCUGAUGUACCGCGAUGCCUGUCGCUGGGGCCUCACACUGCAGACAUACGUGCAGCUCACCAUGCUGGACCACCAUACUCGUCCUCAGUUCUUCUCCAAGUGUGCCUGGAUCUGGAGCAGCAGGAGCACCCAGAAACUUGUUAGAAAUGUACAUUUUCGGGCCCCAUCCCGGACAUGGUGCACCAGAAAUUCUGGAGAUGAGGCCCAGCAAUCUGUGUUUUAUCAAGCUCUCCAGACAUCACCUGUACGGUUGAUGGAGCGGUCGAUUCACAGCGCAAGAUAUAUUUUUGUAGAAAACCUAUAUAGAAGUGGGAAGAUGCCUGAAGUGGACUAUGUGGUUCUGGCAGAAUGGUUUGAUUGGAUCCUGAAGAACAUCGACGUGUCCGUUGAUUUGAUAGUUUAUCUCCGGACCGCUCCUGAGACCUGUUACCGGAGGUUACAGAUGAGAUGCAGGGAAGAGGAGACGGUCAUUCCCCUGGAGUACCUGGAUGCCAUUCACCACCUCUAUGAGGAGUGGCUCAUCAAAGGGAAUCUUUUCCCUGUAGCAGCCCCUGUUCUGGUGAUUGAGGCUGACCACGACAUGCGGAAAAUGCUAGAACUCUUCCAACAAAACCGGGACCGAAUAUUAACUCCAGAGAAUCAGAAACAUGGUUCAUAGGAUGGAAAGAUCAUGCCAGGAAAAUGCCCGCUGCUACCAACUUAGCUAUUAGGAGCAAUCUGGAAAUAUCUCCUUUCGAGAGGGCUUUAUAUAUCUGGCCGCAUUUGUAUUCCUGACGGUCUUUUCCUCUUUACCAGUGUCUUCAGCUGGGUCUCUGUUCCUUGUGGGUAGAUGACAAAUGGGACCAAUGGGUUUGUCAUGCCCUUUGGUGUUUGCAGGCUUGCACUCCCCCAGCCCUUCUCCUGGUGGCUUCCCACUGCUGGGUCCAUGUGAGUAAGGGAAGAGCCACCUGAAGUUAUGCUGGGCUUAGGGUCUCUAACCCUUCCCACUACUCAGGAGGGUGAGGUGGUGGCCUCUGAGAAGCUCAGGCUAAAGGGUUGCCCAGGGUCACACAUCCAGGGACAGUGGAGUUGGCACAAUUUAAACUUUUGGUGACUCCAGAACAUUCUGUGUCUCAUCCUGAGAGCCUGUCUUCCCUUGCUACAGAUCUCACAGCUGUAUGGAGAGAGCCAGCAGAGCAUGGAGACAGUAUCAUCACUUUCUCAUUAUCUGAGUAGUUCUCGAGGGCCAUUGAUGUUCUUAGACUUUCACAAAAUUGUGCUGUAUUUGGCUUGAGCCUAAUGUUCAGUGGUUUCCCAGCACGAGGCCGCGGUGGCAUUUGCCACCUCGGCAUCUGGGCUUCUGUGUCCUUGGGAGAAUCAUGCGUUGACUCCUGAAUGGUGUUUGGUUUCCUUGGUGACAAAGGCCUUGCCUGAGCUGCCGCCAGUGCCAUGUCAGAGAAAGGGCUUUUGGUGUGUGGAUGGUUUGCCCAGUGCCAAGCUGGGGCAAGGGGCCAUCAGCCCUGGAUUCCGAGGCCGCCUCAGUCUAUAAUGGCCUUGUGUGAAGAGCUUUGCCUUUGGAAUUACUGAGAGGUUGUGGCCUGGGGAAGAGACACAAGUGGCCUUAUGUCUUUUUGAAAUGUUUUUCCACCCAAGGAGACACCUUGGACCAGAGAGCAUGAAAUCAUCUUUAUUGGCUCAAAAUAUAUCUUAGCUUCACUGAGCUGUAACAAUGCAUCAAAGCCACAGCUGUCUCUUGAGUCAAGUGGGAAGUAAGAGAAAGAACAGUCUCAUAGGGGGCGAUCUGGACAGGAAGAUCAGAGCUUGCAAGCCAAGGCUCUUAGAGCACUCAUGCUCCUGAUAUUUUGGAGGCAGGCCGAGAGAGCUUCAAGAAGCCUGGCUGUAGAUGUGGGGCAGGGUCAGUUGUGACCUUUGGGGAAACAGGCCUCAGCCUCUCCUGAGCAGCGUUGUUGUAAACAGGUUGGAAGGCCUCGUCCCAGCCUCUGCGUGAGUGUGGCUCCUGUGCACACUGUGGCUGACAGGCAUCCUGCUGGUCCAGUGGUCCAGUCCCAGAGGGAGUGCUAAGGGGCAGGCACUGUGACUCCCAGACCAGUUCUUGGGCCACAUGGUCAGGAUGAGGGGCAGCAACCCAGUGGGGAUGUGUCUCUCAGCCCAAAUGUCAGUGGUUGACCAGAAGCCUGGGGGAGGCAAGAGCCUGUACUGCCAGGUGUCUUGACAAGCCAGGGAAGUCUUUGGAAAUUUGUAAAUGAACAGUCCAGUAUCCCCACAGCUCACUUUAAGCAUCUGUUUUGGGGGAAAUAUGAUUUAAAAAUAGUAAAGUAUUGCCCUGUGGUAGCCAAUAAAUCCUUCACCUAAAA